GAGGAGUAAUGUUGUUUGCCAUUGUAGGAGUUGAUCCUGUCAUACAAUGAAAUCCGGAAGGAUGCAGCCAUCUUGGUAGCUGAGGCUGUAGAAGGCAAGGAACAUCUGAAGAAAUUGGAUCUGAACGGAAAUCAGUUGGGAGAAGAAGGGAUAGAAGAACUAUCUGGGACACUGGAGGCCUUUGACAUGGUAGAUGUGCUGGGUUCUCUCAGUGAUGAUGAAGGUGAUGACAUUGAUGAUGAGGAGGAUGAGGAGGGAGAAGGUGAGGAGGAGGAGGAGGAGGAAGGGGAGGCUGUUGAUGACCCAGAGCUGCAGGUCCGUGGAACUGCCAUAACUCCCACCAGGGAAAACCAGUCUCCACUCAAGCCUAAUGAGACUGAAGACUUGACAGAGGUGAUGGGAAAGCUUGCCUUGCCUUGACACUCCUCAAAAACAUUAGACUCCAUGGAAGUAGAGUAGAUUACAUUAGGAUGGGCAUAACCAGCUUGGAAAAGAUUGUCCUCAGUCCUGAUUCAUCCAUCAGAUUCUGGAUAUCCACCCUUUGCUAGCUCUGGUUCGCUCCUCUGGUUGCUAGUACCUUGCUCAUGAAUGGUCUGGGAAAAACAAGCUUUUGGUACUUGAGUAUUGAAUCUCUACUUUAAAUAUCAUGUAUUAGCAAGUGUUCCGAAUGGCUCCAAGUCACACUUUCUUGAUAAAGACAUGGUUACGUCAUUCCAACAGGCAUUGGGAAGUUUGCUCUGUUACACUGCUACUGAAAAUAUCUGAUUUCUGGUACAUGUACAGUUUGUACGUGUAUAACACAGGAUGUACUGCAUAAGGAACAAACAUUUCAAUGGGGACUGCAGACAGACUAUUCUGUACAGCAACCAACCAGAGCUAGAAUAGGAUGGAUGCCAGGAUACAUCAUUUGCUGUGUAGGUUUAGGAGCCGGAAUUGCUCAUCAUUUAGGAAAUUUUACUGAAUGAGUGUAUAGGACAAGUGAUCAUUCUGCAGGCAGACUACAUCAGUUAAUAAUACUGUACAUUUUGUAUGUGUGAACAUCUUCAAUUUGCUGUGUGUGAAGUUAGGAUAGACAAGGGCACAAAGAACAUUGUCUUAAAAGUUUCAUGAUGGUCUUUUAGCAAAAAUUGUUGCAAUAAUAAGCCCAUUUUACUUGAAAGGGGUUGCAAAAUCAGUUUUAAACUUUUCAAUCGUAUGGCUCACUUUUUGAUGAUUUUGUGACAAUGAAAUGUAAAAUUUGCAAAGAAGUGCCUUUUGGUUACUUUUGUCCUGGGUUCUUUGCCAUUAUUCUGUUUUUGUUUUAGAUUGAGGAAGGGUUGCAAUAUCUCAUUGAGUCUUAAGUGAUAAAUGCAGUGUCUAGUGUUUUUCAGAAGUUGUGUUGAUAUUUGAGUGUUUUUGAUCCAAUCUCAGGUGCAUGUAGCUACAAAAGUAUAACAUUAUAAUUUGUAGUCUGUCUAGUAUCUACGCAAACUGUCAUGGUUUUGAUUAUACAUGUAUGUGUGUGUCUGCAUUUUCCUGUUUGAAACUGAACAUGCACAUAUUGUUCUUUUUCUUUUUAACACGACAACCUGACAGUGUCUGGUUGUUAUAAUUAAUGUUAAAUGUUUGUGUAUAACACGAGGUGUUAUAUUUUGAUUUUUUUUUUAAUAUGCAUUCAAUGCAAAUACAGUAGACUCCAACUAGUUGUAUUAUGGCCAAUUGCAUAGUUCAGGGAAUUGCAUAGAAAUCUGAAAAAAACCAAACCAUUUCCCAUUCACCCCAAUAUGAACAAAAUGGCAUAAUUGCAUAAGCCAUUGUGGCAUAAGUCUGACAUUUGCAUGAAAUAAUGUCACAGCACAUGGCAUACUAAACUGUAAAUAUACAGGAUGAUGAAAAUGACCAAAACAGCAAAAAUAAGCUGACAAGAUUA